UCAUGCUGCUGCCAGGUCCAGAGUCUCUCAUGGGUCCCUGUACGGCCUCCCAUUGCUGCUGUCUCCAUCGCCACACUCUGCCAUGUGCCACUUUCAGGUCUCCUCACACUGCUGGUGUGUUCCAUUUUUUGUCAUAGGGUGCUGGCAGAUUACGGGCCUCCCAUAGCUGCUGCCAGGCCCCUAAUCUGCCAUGGGCCCCUAUACCCGCCUCCUCAUGCUGCUGCCAAGUCCAGAGUCUCUCAUGGGUCCCUGUACGGCCUCCCAUUGCUGCUGUCUCCAUCGCCACACUCUGCCAUGUGCCACUUUCAGGUCUCCUCACACUGCUGGUGUGUUCCAUUUUUU